UACACUGUUGCUCCUUCCACGGCGCAUUUCAGAGCUAAGGUAAAGGAAAAUCUGUCACCUUCUCUCACGCAUACAAACACUCCCUUCUCAACGUGGUAAGUCGGUGGUAUGCUAGUUUUAUGCUAUGUACUACCAACGGAAUGAACUGCUGGACAGGCAAAAAAGCACAGGCAGCCGGUCCGACGGUGGUAGGCAACUUGAGUUCGUGUUUGUGUGUGUGUUGGUAUCCUUCUCUUACUCUUUCGUUGUACAUAAAGACACCACUGGCCACUGGAGUUCUAUGUAAAAGUAUGCUGCCUGACCGUAAGAUGAUGCGAUGCGAUGCGAUGCUAUGUUGGAGGAGGGAAUGUGUGUGAGUGCAUGAUAGAAAGAGUAAGUGGAUGCGAGUGUGUGUAGAGAUGGAGAAGAUUAAACAUAUUUUCGCUUAAAUUGUUUGGAGACGUCCAGUUGUUGAGCCGUUCGGUUCUAUUUGUUUCGAAGCUAAAUUUAGGUUUCAUUUGACAACGCGUCCUCGGCGGCAACGAACGUGAAUUAGAUUUCUUUCCGCUUUGGCAAAACUGUUCAAGACUGAAGAGAGCACAGAGUGAGGAUCAUCGACUUUGGGCAGUGCGUUCGUGGAUCGUAGCAUCGUGUGGUGUGCUGUGGUGAUAAUUAAAAUUUAUUGUUAUUCUAUGUAAAUUUCGGUGAAAAGGAACUGUUGUUUUAGUUUUUUUCCUUUUUAAGCCUUUGUUUUGUGUAAACAUUUUUUUCGUUUCGUUUUCGUUAAUUAAUGUGAUUUGUGAAAUACUGCGAGUCGUCGGGAAAUCUUAAGAAUAACGAACUUUGUGGAGCUUAAAUGAAACAACAAAAAAAACUUUGUGUGUUCAAUAAUGUAAACUGGUGUUGAUAUGAAUUUUGUAAAAAUCAAGUGGCUAGCAGACGAAUUAAUGACAUUGUGCGGCGAAGUGUUUUCAAGUUAUGGCCAGUAAUGGGGGAACUCUACAUGGGGUUACCCAGGCACAGCAAAGUCUAAGUGGGCACCAUAGUUGCUCCCACUGUGGACUUUAUUUCGAGAGUUCGUCGUCACUGCAAGUGCAUAUGCACUAUCACCAUGAAACCAUGAACCGUUGGGGUCCAACUUCGACGGGAAGUGUACCCAGCUCGACGACAUCGUCUACGCCAACUUCCGACUCGGAAAACAACAACCAACCAUCAUUGAAGCCGCACAUCAAGCCAUCAUCGCCGCAUCAAACGAUUGCGGCCGCGGCUGAUUCGAGUGAUAAUCAACCAGCGACACCCCAGCCACCAACGCUCCCAGAACCAGGUACGCCACAAAGUUUUACUGGCGGAGCAUCACCAUAUCAGCAACCAGCGGCACUCAUUGCUCCCCCAGAAAUGCAUUACCCUACCUAUAUUCACGGGUACGAUCCGUACUAUCAUCCGACAAGCAUCGACUACGGCAAUCCACUUGCUCCACCACAUCCUCUCAGCAGUCAUUCACAACCAGAGUACAAAACAGUGCCUUCAGCCAGAUACCAUCCCUAUAACAACAACCAUCUCAGCAACGGAAAUCAUCACCACGUAUCAGUAAUCAAUCCAAACAAUGGUACAACAAACGGUGCAAUCCCACUUCACAAUGCUGGUUUGAGCCCACAAGUGGUAAGCUCUUCCAGCAGUACUCAAAAUCCGACAACACAAGCAGCGACAACGGUAGCAUCGUCAACCACUACAUCAUCGCCCCAACAUAGUGGAUCUCACAUUCCUCCCACGCCAUCUCCCACCCCAAUUCAGUGCGAAAAAUGUGGAUUGGUGUGCGAUACAGACGAAGCAUUAAACGAGCACGACGCGACGGUACACCAGUCUCAGUCUCAGCCGCCGCAACAACAACAACCACCGUCGCAACAAUCUUCUGAGAGUAACAGCAUGAACAGAAGCGAGGAACCAGACAUGCAAAGUGGCUAUCCUUACGGCAAUAAUCCACCGCCAUUUGUGAAGGAGGAACCUCCGGCAUCCGAUAUUUUGGAUCUCGAUUCCCAGAAAAUGGUGUACCCGCCGGAACCUGUGUUGCCACCAAUGAACUCGUUGCAUCCAUUGCAGUCGAUGCAGCGUCAUCCUAUGAUGUGGCCACACGAUCCGCAUAGCUUCAUGCCACCACAUCCACCACAUGAUCUGAAGGCAGCUUAUUACCACCCUCAAAUAAAAUCCGAAUACUCUACCACUCCAUCGAUCAAGGGAGACUACCCGCAACAUGCGGCGAUGCACGUAAAGUCCGAAUACGGUCCAAUUGUGGCACCUGCGCCAAUUAAAAAUGAUUACAAUAUUGCACCGACAUUGCCGCCGGCGGUGCCACAACCCAAUCAGUCCGUGAAGCCUUUUACGGAAGAUAUUAGUGAGAACAAUCAAUUAGCAACGAGUCCGUCGGACUUUCCGAGCACAACGACACCUCAGGAAAGUGGCUCGCAGUUUAGAAAUUUUGAGCCGCCAUCUUCGUCCCUGCCGAACAAUGCAUUGCCUUCGAAGGGCACGGCGUGGAAAUCGAAUGAAGCUAGAAGACCAAAAACAUAUAAUUGCACCGCAUGUAACAAGUGGUUCACCAGUUCAGGUCACUUGAAGCGACACUACAACACCACCUUGCAUAAAAAUGCCGUCAAGUCCAGUGGUCAACCGGAUCCGGCUACCUUGCCAAUCAGUGUUCAUCACCACCCAGGACGAGAUCCCAAUUAUGCUAAUAAAGGAAGAAGGGGAACGACAGCUCAAAUUCAGCAGCCUAUACAACAACCGGUUCCACCACCUGAUCCUCCCAGAAGUCCCGACUAUGGGUCACAAUACAAUGCGCCGGGGUUUUCAACGGCGUCCGUUCAUCAAGUUGGUCCGAACCAGGGGUUCCACCAGUACACCUCCAACCUACAAACAACUUCAUCAACGGUUCCCCCAAACGGGGUAGCAGGUCCCUCCGUCCGAGCCUCCCCACCGAGGGGCCUGCAGAUCUUCUCGAACAGCAGCAUGCAAACGCUGCAACAGCAGGAGCAAAUGGAACAAAUGCCUAUUAUCACCACCACCACCACCAGCAUCCCAUCACCGCUGCACAGUCAGCCCAUCAUCAGUACAACGGAGCAAUACCACCACACCACCAGCCCUUUAACUAUCAACACCAGCAUCCCAUCAUUCCAAACCAUCCUGCCGGAGGCACCGAGUUAUCACCAUAUUAUUGGUAAUCAAAGCAUAUCAUCCGAUGCUAAUGACGUCUUAUCGAACGAUCAGUACUUUCCGAUCAAUGGCUACGAUGGCGAGGAAACCACCUCCGACGUCACUGGUACAGUAGCACCGAUUUCAUCGGGGUUUCCUCGAUAUCCGGGGGGCGCCGAGAUGUAUCAAGGCGAUACGGCGCCCCCCUUUUCACCAAAUGUACCGGAGCACUAUCAGCAAACAAGCUCGCACUACAACGAUCUCCGUACAACUCCAACUCCGCAACUAGCAGCGACGGCCCCUCUACUAUCUCCGCCGCCGAAUUCACCCAGGGUUUCAUCGACCGGCGCUACUGGUCCCAGCGAAUUGCACCGUUGUGAGGAGUGCGAUAAAGUUUUCAACAAAGCGUGUUAUCUAACCCAACACAACAAAACGUUCCACUCUGGUGACAAACCGUUCAAAUGUCAACGCUGCGGAAAGAGAUUCUCCUGCGAUCAGGAACAAGCGGAACACCUGGCCAAACAUGGCGGAAAACCAUUCAAAUGCGAAUUAUGUCCUAAGCAGUUUAAUCACAAAACCGAUCUCCGACGCCACAUGUGUCUCCACAAUGGUUCCAAGCCGUACGCUUGUACCCAGUGUGGCAAAGGAUUUAUCCGCAAGGAUCACAUGCUGAAACAUUGCGAAACUCAUCGGAAGAGAACCAAUUCCAGCGCCGCCAAGAAAGCAGCGAUUGGUAAGUUCGGUAUGCAUGCCAACUCUAAGAUCGCCGCCAUCGUUGGUGACGAAUGACGAUGGGAGAAAAUCCGAUGUUCAACACCGGAGCCAUAAUGAUGAUCCAUCCCAGGAUGUAUUGGUGAGAACUACAAGCCAUGAUGUUAGUUUAUAUUUUUAUUUUAUGUAUAGUUUUAUUUUUUUUUGUUAAAAUCACACCUCCUAUAGAAAGAAACAAAGUUACCUACGCAACUUUUACAGCCAAAAUCAGGUGCAGUACUCUACCUCAGCAAAAAUAAAAAAUGACAAAAUGAAACAAUCUGAUAUCAAAUAGCCAAUCACUAGUUUAAUUAAAUAUUGAAAUAGCAGAAGAAUAAACAUAAGUCGACACAGAACCUACCUCAAUAGUUAUUUAAUUCUUAUUGUGUGACAAGUUUCCACAUAUUGGGUCAAUUGUCGCAGAAUGAGUAAAGCAAUUGAACAAAGUUAUACAUUUUAAUAUGAAAAUGAUAUUUACAAUAAACAUAAACUGAUGACGCAAACUAAAGCAAAUAUAAUAAAUGUAUUUAUCAUUACAAAACAGAAUAAAAGAAUAGCUGAGACAAUGGUUCAAAUGGAAGUAAACAAACAUAUUUUAAAUAUUAUUUUGAAGCAAUACUAAACAUAUAACAGAUUAGCACAACUCAGUAAAACAAACAAACAAAACAAUUGCAAGUACCUCUCAUGUGAAACAAUUAUCCCAUCAGAUGAAAACGCGGAAAAUGUGCAAAGCCCGUACGAGGUCGAGCGUGAAAACAAAAUACAAACAAUGUACAAAAAAAAAUGCAGAAUGCUGUUAAAUGUAAACCCCGAAAAUGCUAUAUACGGAAGAUUAAUUCUUGUUGUUGCAAAAUAAAAGACAAAUGACAUUAGAAUAAAAAGUUUUACUCAUGUCUACCGAAAAGAAAAACAAAAUACCACAUAAACAUCCGUAUAGUAAAAACAAUGUUUGCAGAACCAGCCAAACUAUAAGGAAGACAUACAAUCCUACGUACCGAAACUGUAUUAAGAAAUGGUUGUGUUAGAUUAAUUAAUUACCUAUUAUUGAGGAUUACACGCUUUCUGUUUAGUUCAACUUUCGAUGCCUAUAGUCUCGUACCUCGGUUGAUUCCGAAGCAGGGGCAUGGCAUGGGGUUGGUUUUGUGUUCAUGCUCCUUUUCCCGCCACCUUUCUGUGAAAUAAGCUCACACUACUGCCGCCGACGGACGGCUCUCGUUGAUCGAUGUUGGUCGCGCGAGCAUCUAGAGGUGGAUUCCCGCCGUUUAUGUUUCUUCCUCUUCCGUCUAUGUUAUGAUUCUUCCCCACCUUAUCAUCCUCUACCCCAGAAACUUGGUGUUUUGUCGUGAGAAGUGAUACAAUCAUUUCACCACUUUGGUUUGAGUGCUGUAUCGUGGCAUCUAUUAAGUGAUUAUUAUUACCUGUAUUAACUCUCUCUCCACUACGAGAUCUUCCAAUAUACCAGUUGAGAGUUUUGUUAGUUAAUCUUUUGUUGAGUUACUUUGCAUCACGUCGUUUUUAAAAACACAAACAAAACAGUUACCAUUACUCUGUAAGUAAUUUUAUGGUUUAUUCCUUUCUAGAACUUGACUUUAUUUUAUUAGGAGAUUAUUUUAUUGUUUUUAUUUUGUAAAUAAAUGUAUUGUGCCAAACAGUAUCCUGAAGCUCAUGUGGUUCUUUUCAAACAAACAAACAAUUUGAUUUGGAAGCCAUAAUUAGAUGCCAACCGUUUAUACGAAAGAAAAUUGCAAAUGUGAACUCUUCAAUUAAGACCAAUAGAACAAAAAACUAUCCCUAUUUUAUCAUUGAUUGAAUCUUCAUAUCAUAAAGAACAAUAAUAUCAAGCAACAAAAAAAAAUAGUUCGCAAUAACGGUGUAUAAGAAUGACAUAUCCAUCUUUGUGAAACAAAAUCUAGGAAAUAGCGGAAAAUUUCCUAAUUUAUGCCCCAUAUAUUGAGUUGAAUUUUUUUCACACAUAAAACCGGAAAGUAAAUCAUUUCAAAAUCGUUGUAAUAACUGAAUGUGUGUUUGAUAAGCAAGUAAACCAAUAAAAUACUAAUACUCUUGGAAAACGAAAGAUCGUUGCGAAAGAGUACCAGUGUAUAAAAUGUAAUGUGGUAAAUAUUGGAAAUUUGUCUUCAAGAUGUGAAAUUAUUUGCUCAAAUCAAUUUUAUUGUAUUACCAUCGAACGGAUCUUCCUGUAAAUUAAGUUUUUUCAUAUCGUCGUCAUCAAAUUCCGAUGGAAUAAAACUUUAUUCACGUAAGUGCAGUAGAACGCAUAAAGACCGGAUGAUUGAAUUACGUUGCCAUCCUUAUGUUCCAAACAGAAUCAUUAGCCAAUAAGAUUGUUAUUAGUUACAGUUUCUUUCGAGAGUAGAGAUUAUUUAAUUUGUGUACAAACUAAUUUAGUUCAAACAAUGAGCGUAAGAGUAACAGAAUGAGAUUAUGUUUAUCACUUUUAUGGAAGUAUAAAUUAAUUGCAUGAAAAUGUGAAUUUAAUGACAAACCAAGGUUAAAAUUACAUGGAGAAACACGAAUAAAA